AUGAAUAACAAUGCCAUUCUCGAACCCUUUGAAGAUGUUUCCGACUCUACGGACUGGCUAUCGACUCCUCUCUCUGGGGUCGCCGCUGUUGAGGCGGCGCUACGCUGUCAGGUCUGUAAAGACUUUUACAAGACACCGAUGUUAACAUCCUGUAACCACACAUUUUGUUCGAUAUGUAUUCGCCGAGCGCUCUCUAACGACGGGAAAUGCCCUCUAUGUCGUACUUCCGAGCAAGAAAUGAAACUACGAAGCAAUUGGUCCAUGGAAGAGGUCGUUGUCGCAUUUACGAAAACACGUCCUGAUGUUCUACUUUUCGCAAAAAGGUCACAGGAUGCUAUAACUGAGCCGGGGAAAAGGAAGCUAGGGGAGACAGAAGACUCAGAUUCAGCAAGCCAAAGAUCAGGGAAGAGACUACGAUCUUCAACGAGAUUAAGCAAGUCGAGAAGCAUGGAGAUGACAUCCGAAAUGGCACGUCUAGAAGCCGACGUCCCCUACCAAGACCUUACAGACUUCGAACCAAACGACGGCCUAGUCGCAUGCCCAAUCUGCUUACUGCGCAUGAAACCGCUUCAAGUCGAUAGACACCUCGAUACUUCAUGUCCAGGCGAACCACAACCACAGAGAACACCCUCGAAGCCUCCAUCACGAUCUACAAGCAUACCAAACGCCUUUUCCUCCUCGUCCUCGCCUAAAAAGGCAUCAGCUAGAAAUUUCGAGCGCUUGCCCGCAGUAAACUAUUCCAUGCUUAAAGAACCUCAAUUACGGAAAAAACUACAAGAACAGGGACUAUCGGCAGCGGGGGGUAGGCAGAUGCUGGAGAAAAGACAUAAAGAGUGGACGACAAUAUGGAACGCGAAUUGCGACUCGCAAUACCCGCGGCGGAAAGGGGAUUUACUACAUGAUCUCGACGUAUGGGAGCGCACGGUAGGUAGCCGCGCGCCGACAAAUUCAAGAACGCUCAGCCUAGGCGCGCAGAUCAAGGACAAGGACUUCGAUGGCGCGGCGUGGGCUUCCAAGCACGAUAACUCGUUUAAAGAUCUAAUAGCUAAUGCUAGGCGGAACAAGGUACUGAUGGGACGGAAAAGUAGUGAAGACGAGAAGCCGGGAAGCGGGAUGCAGAGCAAAGAUGGAAAUAAGGGGAACGAGCCAACUCCGCAGCCAGAUUCGGAGAUGAUAUCAUCGUUAGAACACUCAGAACCACAAGAACAAGUCGAUUCCGUCACGCAAGCGACCGGGAUAAUCGAUUUAACAGGCGAAAUCGCAUCUUCCAACGCCUCAGCUGCGGUGCUUUCAGAUGAGGGAGAAGGAAGGGUAGAUCUAGACGCGUCGUCUAGAACGACGGUGAUAUCGUGA